AAUUUAAACACAAAAAGGUACAGAAAACAAUUCUUUCAAACAUUACAAAUUUUUUUGUACCUUGGAAAAAAACUAAAUGUUAAUUUUAAAUUGAAGUUUUUAUCAGCAGCAUUUUAAUUAAUCUAAUUGAAUAAUCUGGUUAUCAGUGGUGCGCGUUUCCAGCUGACGAGAUGAUGAUUCGCGCGAGAUCAGCAGUUUUUGCCCGUCCUCAGGCGAUCAUAAUUUUCGUAUCCGAGACCGGCACGUGAAAUAUUAAUCGCCACUUCCAGUUCGAUGUGAUCUCUCAGCAGCCCGACAGCAACGAAAUGGAGCGAAAAAAAGACGGCGAUGUUAAAUGGAGUCGAGUUCCGCGAAAGGAGAUGAAGCUGGACGAAGAGCCCCGCGAGCCCAACCCGCGACAGGGCGCCAACCCUUUUUCCGUUGCGUUCUUCACGUGGACGCUCGCCAUAUUCAGGAGACCCAAAGAAAAGGGCAGUUUGGAGUUGAAGGAUUUGUGUGCACCUCUCACGGAGGACGAAGCUAAAAUUUUGGGCGAUCGACUGGAAAGACAUUGGAAUGAAAAAUUGCGUGAGAGCUCUCCAGAAAAACCUCCAAGACUGCUUUUUGUAAUGUUCCGCACAUUUUGGCGCGAGUUUUUAUUGAUUGGAGUUUUGGAUUUUCUCUCUGAGCCGGUUUUAAGAGUUUUGCAGCCAGUCUUACUUGGCCGCCUGCUCCUGUACUUCAAUAAGGACAGCGUCGUUUCUUACGAAGAGGCCUGGAUGCUGGCCGUGGGAAUUGUUCUCCUGCAAGCCGCGACCGCCGUGCUAGUCACUCAGUAUUCGCACAAAUCGUUCCACACCGGCAUGAAAAUGAAAGUGGCCGCGUGUUCUCUCAUGUUCAGAAAAGCCCUCAGACUGAGCAAAACUGCCCUAGGUCAAACAGCAACUGGUCAAAUAGUCAAUUUGCUGGCGAAUGACGUCAGCAGAUUUGAACUCGUGGCUUAUUUCAUUCACUUCAUUUGGGCUUCCGUGUUGGUUUUAAUCUUCGUUAGUUGGAUCGUGAUUGAAGAAAUGGGCACACCUGGCCUGUUCGGAAUUGCAGUUGUGUUGGUUGUCUGCCCAAUUCAAUCCUACACAGCGAGAUUGACUUCAAGGUUCAGAGGCAAAACGGCCUUUCGAACCGAUCACAGAGUCAGACUGAUGAGCGAAAUCAUUGAUGGAAUACAGGCCAUAAAAAUGUACGCCUGGGAGAAACCGUUUGGUGCCUUGAUUGCGAAAGCUCGAAUAGACGAAAUAAAGUGGAUUCGAAGGGCGUCGUUCAUUAGGGGCAUUUACAUGACGUUCAACAUGUUCACGACGCGGAUGGCCCUGUUUUGCGCCCUGCUUGCGGUGACCCUGGCCGGCAGUUCCAUUUCUUCGGACAGAGUUUUCGUUGUCUCGGCGCUCUUUACCGUUCUCGCCCAAGCGAUGACCGGGACGUUUGUGAGAGCCCUGGCUGAAUGUGCCGAAUGCUGGGUGUCAACAAACCGAAUUCAAACUUUUCUUCUCCGUGAAGAAUUCAGCGGCCGACCAUCAGAACUGCCAAUGGAACAGGGUGCUCCCUUUGAAAGGAAGUCGUUCAAUCAUACUUCAAUCAGCGAAGAAAAGCUAAAUCCAGACGAGGAAAAUACAAUAAAAGACGGAAUAUUAGAAGACGAAGAUCUCGGAGUGUCUGAAGAAGCAAUAAUUGAAAAUGAAAUUUCAAAACCCGAACCUGGAACGAUUCUGGUCGAAAACGCGUCGGCCAGUUGGGUGGAGGGUGGCGACGUGACCCUGAACAAAAUCAACCUGAGGGCGGAGCCAGGGUCGCUGGUGGCUGUGAUCGGUGCCGUGGGCUCGGGCAAGUCGUCGCUGAUCCAGGCGCUGCUGGGGGAGCUGCCGUGGGGUGGAGGCGGGGGUGGUGUGGAGGCGUGGGGGGUGUCGUACUCUUCGCAGGAGCCGUGGGUGUUCUCGGGCAGCGUGCGCGAGAACGUGGUGUUCGGGCGGCCGUUCGAGCGGCGCAGGUACAACCAGGUGCUGAAGGCGUGCUGCCUGCUGCCCGACCUGAAGCGCAUGCGCAACGGCGACGCGACGCUGGUGGGCGAGCGCGGCGGCGCGCUCAGCGGCGGCCAGAAGGCGCGCCUCACGCUCGCCAGGGCUGCCUACGCGCAACACGUCGAUGCCUACCUGCUCGACGAGCCGCUCGCCGCCCUUGACGUAAAUGUGGCCAAGCAUGUCUUUGACGAGUGCGUCGACGGACUCCUCAGGGGCACCACCCGCGUCCUCGUCACCAACCAGCUCCACCUGCUGCGCAACGCCGACCUUAUCGUUGUCAUGAACAACGGCUCAAUCCUCACGCAGGGCACCUUUGACCAAUUGAUCAAAUCUCAGGGAAUUUUCUCUCAGGUCGUUGGAGAGCCAGCUGGCGACGAUCUAGGUACAGACCAUGAAGACCGACCUGAGACGCCUUUGAAGUCCAUCCUCAGACAAAUCUCGAGCACGUCACAGCAGAGUCUGCAGGCCAUCAAGGACGACGCCGAGUCGAUUUAUCAAGCGAGCGAAACUGAAAAGGAGGAUUUGGCUAACGAGGAAGUUUCGGACGAAGGCGCCGUCAGUUUUUCAACUUACAAAGAAUUUUUGCUCCUCGGUGCCUCAAUUUUCGUCAUUUUUUUCGCUGCAUUUCUCUUCAUCGCGGCCCAAGUUGCGGCCAGUGCGGCUGACACGUGGGUUGCAUUUUGGAUUACAACCGAACAGAAAAGAGCAAUCGUUGAAGAUGAGGAGGAUCAUGAACUUAUGACCACCGAAACGUGCAUUUUAAUUUACGGACUGAUAAUUCUUGCUCUCUUGGUACUGGCAAUGGGCAGAUCGUUUUUAUAUUACAUCAUCUCGAUGAGGGCGUCUAUCAAUUUGCAUGAGAAAAUGUUUAAGUCAAUCGUACGAGCACCGAUGUACUUCUUCUCUUGGAACCCGGCGGGAAGGAUUUUGAACAGAUUUGCUCGAGAUUUGGCCAAUAUUGAUGAAAAUCUGCCAAAAGUUGCGUUGGACGUUUUCCAAUUCACAAUUUCCAUGGCCGCGUGCAUGCUGGUCGCCGCCUAUGUCAACCCGUUGUUCCUUAUUCCCGUGGCUGUUAUGGGUUUCAUUUCACACAAGUGCCGCCGUCGCUUUAUUGUUACAUCGAGGCAAAUAAAGCGAUUGGAAAACAUAGCCAGGAGCCCUGUUUAUUCACUAUUGGCAGACGUGCUCAAUUCACUGCCAACCGUAAGAUCCAUGAAGGCCGAGAAAAUGCUAUUGAGAAAAGUGGAGGAGUUUCAGGACACGCACAGUGCGGCGUGGUACCUUUAUUUCUCCAUUAGCCACUCGUACGGCUUCACUCUGGACCUCUUUGUGGUCGUCUUCAUCGCGUUCAUCACAUUCAAUUUUUUGCUCAUCGACCAGACGGACGCAAACACAAGUGCGAUGGCCGGUUUGGCGAUCACCCAAAUCAUGAUGAUGACCGCGCUGCUCAACUGGGCCAUGCGCGAGUCUGCUGAAAUGGAGAACACCCUGACCUCGGUGGAAAGGGUGCUCGAGUACACAAAAUUGGAACAGGAGCCCGAACCAGUCAUUUCAGACCCUGUGCCAAAGAAUUGGCCUACGGAGGGUUGCGUUUAUUUUGAUGGGACGAGUCUCAGGUACACGCCAGACCAACCUCUAGUGCUCAAGAACUUAGUUCUCCAAGUAGAACCGCGAUUCAAAGUGGGCAUAGUUGGGCGAACUGGUGCCGGAAAAUCGUCCCUCAUCAACGCUCUCUUCAGACUUGCACCUUUGGAAGGUUCAGUUCAAAUCGACUCGGUCGACACGGGCUCGUUGACCCUGGAGGAUUUGCGAACGAAAAUUUCCAUCAUCCCGCAAGACCCUGUCCUCUUUUCCGGCACCCUCAGGUACAACCUGGAUCCAUUCGGCGAGUACCCUGACUACCAAUUGUGGAAGGCGCUGGAAGACGUCGAAUUAAAAGAUGUUGUUACUGAACUUGCUGGACUGGAGAGCCCUGUGGCUGCUGGCGGAUCUAACUGGAGUGUGGGGCAAAGACAGCUUUUGUGUUUGGCACGGACAAUUCUGAAGAAAAACAAGGUUCUUGUUCUAGAUGAAGCCACUGCUAACGUUGAUCCUCAAACUGAUGCGCUGAUUCAAGCCACAAUACGAAAACAGUUUAAAGAAUGCACUGUUCUGACAGUGGCCCACAGAUUGAACACGAUAAUGGACUCAGACAGAGUGCUGGUUAUGGCAGAUGGCAAACUAAUGGAAUACGGAUCCCCCUAUGAGUUAUUGCAAGUGGAUAAUGGUAUUUUCCGAAGAAUGGUGGACGAAACCGGUUUCCAUUCGGCAAAGACAUUAGAGAAGGUUGCUAAAGAGAAAUUCGAGAGAGAUUUGGAAAUGGAAAAAGAUGCUGUCACCGAAGAUCAGUCAAUAUCGUGAUAAUGCAAAAAGACUGAUUUUGGAAUAAGCCUUACAUUUUAUCAAUGGGAGUGUAAAUAAAUAGAACCGUGUGAUAGUGAGGCGAGAUAAAGAGAUGUGUGUCAAUUAAUUGCAAAACAAACAUUUUGCACUGCGCUAAG